AUGCCGUCAAGAAGCUUUGACCGCCAGGAAGCCGGCAAGCAGCGCUCCUCAAAUCAUCAAGUUCAGCUUUGCCAUCCUCGGUCACCUCAUCCUUGCUCUAAUCUGAGCAGAGGCGUCCGCCUCGGCCAGAACCUCCGGCUUGCUAACCAGACUCCACCUGCGCGCUUGUUGAUCGUCCGUCUGGUAUCUGUAUACGCUUGGAUCGAUUGCGCUCAUGUCCCAACACAACAAGGAAGGAGUAUAUCAACCAAUACAUUGAUUGGGCUGAACUACCCACACCGAGGCACUGGCUGGCGGGGCAACAAGGUCGAGGAUGGGGCGCUCCGCAAGCCGCGGAAGUGUGUAAAGAUGCUCAACAGCCAGCAGAUCCCAACGCUCUUCUGA